UGAUAAAAUUGCGUCGAUUGAAAAUGAUAAAUUGUCUAUACGAUCUAGAAUUGUCGAAAUGACUGACUUGUACAAUCAACGCGAUAUGGAGAUGAAGAAGUAUCAAGUAUUUAAGGAAGAAAAACGUUUGGAAGCCGAAGAAAAAGCUAUAUACAAUGCCAAUGCAAUUAUAAUUCAAGCUUGGUGGAGAGGUGUAAUGGUUCGUCGAAAGUUGGGUCCAUAUAAACCAAAAAAAUCAAGAGGGAGAGGUAAAAAGCAGAAGAAAUAAUAACAGAUUUUGG